UGUGGGAAUGAGCGGUUAACUUCCGUGUAGACUCUUCGACGUUUCUUCGUAUAAUCUUUCUUUUUACAGUUCAGCUUGGAACAAUUAUCUACGGAGUAUGCAUUUAUGUACAAAAGCUUCUGUCUUGGUGAUUUUUGCAUCAAUUUAUUCAAUAGACUGUUUAAGGUUUAGCACUCAAGAUCCUCUGGUCUUUGUUUUGAAUAAAAACACUACAAAUGUCGUCAUGAAAUGGAAGUUCACCCUGGAAACUGGAGAGCGAUACUAUUUCCUAGAAGUGGACAGAUUGGAAUCUACAGACACAUCUAAAAAAGCACGUCUUUACAGUAUUUCUGAUCAAAAUGAAAUCGUCAUUAAUUCCACUUUCUACAGCGCAAGUACAGACAUAAAAAAUGGGCCAUCUUCUGGAUCGUUGAACUUUACUGUCAAGAACUUUGUAAACCAGAUAGGCAAUAGCGAUGGAAGUCCUUAUGAACCUAUAUCCAAAAAUUACCUGUACAGAUUAGAAAUCACUGGAUACAAGUCAGGAGGGUUUUCAAAACAUACUGAAGUGAAAGCGUAUCUUUACGCAUCUCCUACAGGUCCCAUUGCUCUUCAUGUUGAUAAUACAACCUCUAAAGUCAAUUCGACUGUUAAUAUAACUUGUACUGCAAAAGCUGGCAACCCACCAAAUACCACUUUAACCUUCUACCGAAACAAUCAAAGGUUCAGAGAAGUGAAGAAUUAUGCAGGAGCAAAUGCAACAAUUACCAUUAAUUUGGACAAACCAGGAGUUGAGACAUUUACUUGUACAGCUGCAAACCUUGUUGGAUCAUCAAAAAACAGUUCUUUAUUGAAUCUUGAAGUCAAAGCAUCUCCUAUGUGUCCUGAUCUUCAAGCUGACAAGACAACAUUUUGUCAUCUCAAUGCAACUGUCGAUGUAACCUGUGUUGCAACAACUGGAUAUCCACGAAACACCACUGUAACAUUUUACAGAAACAAUGUUAAGUUCAGAGAAGUGAAGAAUGAUGCAGAUGCAAGAGCAACAGUUACUGUUACUUUGGACAAACUUGGAGUUCAGACAUUCGCUUGCCAAGCUGCAAACCUCGUUGGAUCAUCAAAAAACAGUUCCUUAUUAAAUAUUGCAGUAAAAGAUCCUCCUACCAUUACUCAGUGUGGAAAUCAAACGUCUAAUGAAGGUGAUGCCUUGUCUUGGACCUGUGGUGCUAGUGGCAGCCCAUUUAACACUUCAUGGGUUAAAGAAAAUGAAAACACCAUUGUCUCAUCUACAAAAGCAUACAACAUAUCCUCUGUCAACAGAAGUGAUGCUGGGAUGUACAGGGUUACUGUCAGUAAUGGAGAUGAAUGUCCUACUGCUAAUACAACAGUAUAUCUAACUGUACAAUAUAAGCCAGAGAAUCUUUCAGUUGUCAGAGCACAAGGCAGUGUCUUGCCUGUCAAUAAAGGACAACCGAUCAAUGUUACAUGUACUGCAACGGGGAACCCAAAGCCUGAUUACAUCUGGAUGUUCAAAGGCAAACAGCUAAGCAGUCCAAUCAAUAGUACUAUUAUUAUCAGUAAUGCCACAUUAGAUGAUGAUGGGAUGUACACAUGUACUGCCAUCAAUUCUAUAGGAAGAAAAAGCUUCAAUGUCAGAUUGCAAGUUAAUUACAUAAAAGAUGCAAAUUGUGGGCUUAAAAUACAUACUGUCAAGGAUGGUGAUAAUGUAACCCUAAACUGUUCGGCAAUUGGUAUUCCAGCUGUGAACUAUAAAUGGGAAGUUACUGACAAAGUGUAUCACAGACAAACAACCACAUUUAAGGCUACUAAAAUUCUCAAUGGUACCACUGCAACAUGCACUGCAAAAAAUUCUUUUGGGGAAAAGACAUGUUCCCAAAUAUUUGUAGUGUUUUUCAAACCUGAGAACCUUACGGUUGUAAACGCGUCAAAAGGUACCUUAGAUGUCGAUGAAGGACAACUAAUUGACAUCAUUUGCAAUGCCGAUGGAUACCCAGAUCCUUAUUUUCUCUGGCAGAAGAGUGACCAAAUGAUACAGAGCUCAAAUAAUAAAAACAAUACAAUCACUAUCAGUAAUGCCACUUCGAAUGAUGCUGGGGUGUAUACAUGUACUGCAGUUAAUUUGGUUGGAAAUGGAAACAUCAGUGUGACAUUACGGGUUAAAUUCAUUGGUAAUGCAGUUUGUACUGCUCCUGAUUUUGCCAAAGAGGGUGACAUUAUGGCUUUGAGAUGUUCAGCAGAUGGAUAUCCACCUGUAAGCUAUACAUGGACUACCCCAGGCAAAGUGUAUCAACAAUCAACCGCCAAUCUUACAGCAAUUCCCCAUCUGAAUGGUGUGAUAGUAACGUGCAAAGCCACAAAUGAAUUUAAAAUCAGCACAUGCAGCAAAAAACUGACAGUGUACUACAAACCACGAAAUGUAACAGUGUCUCCGUCAAGCCUGGUACUGAAUAAAACUCAAUCAUUGACUCUGACCUGUGAUGCAUCAGCUAAUCCUGCUGGAAACUACUCGUGGUCGUUGAAUGGCAAAAUUCUGGAAGGUGAAAUUAACCGUGUGUUGACUAAAGACAAUAUCACAGCACAAGAUGCUGGUGAAUAUAUCUGUACAGUUAACAACACCCUUGGUGCUGAUACAAGUAAAGCCAUUAUUCAUGUUCAACACAUUAGCAACGCAGCUUGUAGUGCUCCUGCGUCAGGCAACGAGGGCGACGCUAUGAUUUUGAAUUGUUCAGCAGUUGGCUAUCCACCUGUAAGCUAUACAUGGACUACACCAGGCAAAGUGUAUCAAGAAUCAACCGCAAAUCUUACAGCGAUUCCCGAUCUGAAUGGUGUGAUAGUAACGUGCAAAGCCACAAAUAAGUUUAAAAUCAGCACAUGCAACAAAACACUGACAGUGUACUACAAACCACAUAAUGUAGCAGUGUCUCCUUUACGACUGGUGUUGAAUGAAACAGAAACAUUGACUCUGACCUGUGAUGCAUCAGCUAAUCCUGCUGGAAACUACUCGUGGUCGCUGAAUGGCAAGAUUCUGGAAGGGGAAAGUAACCGUGUGUUGACUAAAGACAAUAUCACAGCACAAGAUGCUGGUGAAUAUAUUUGUACGGUUGACAACACCUUUGGAUCUGGUAUAAGUAAAGCCACCGUUCAUGUUCAAUACAUCAACGACGCAGCAUGUACUGCUCCUUCUUCAGCCAACGAGGGCGACGCUAUGGUUUUGAAUUGUUCAGCAAAUGGCUAUCCACCUGUAAGCUAUACAUGGACAACACCAGAUAUAAUACAUCAAGGACCAACCGCGCAUCUUAAAGCCACUCCCAAUCUGAAUGGUGUGACAGUAACAUGCAAAGCUUCAAAUGAAUUUAAAAUCAGCACAUGCAGCAAAAAACUGACAGUUUACUAUUUGGAAGGAUGCAAAAAUAUUACCCUGGGCAAUAAACAGUGUCCUACCGUAUCACGUAAAGGUUAUCCUGAACCGGAAUUAAACUGCUCAUUAAACGGGAAUUUCAGUGUAAGUCAGCCGGAAAAGGAUUACAGGUUAUGUAAACCGGAAAGCAAUGGCAGCUGUACAAUUUCUAAUGAAGCUGGAAAAUGCCACUUUGGAUACGAAGUACAGAAUCAAACCAAAGAACCAUUCGAUUUUAGAGGUACAUUUCGCUGCACCAACCGUGCUUAUCGAGAGGAAUAUGGGAACGAAAAUUCUCAGGGUUUCAAGAAACUGAAAGACGAAUUGGAGCAACUACUCAAGUUGGUCUAUGAAAGUUUCAAAAUUGUCACCGGAAUAUUUGUAACUGCAUUUCAUGAGGGAAGUGUGAUUGUAGAUUUCAACCUCACGUUGGUUGCGAACGUGAAUGAUCCUUUGUCACCAUUAAAAGAUGCCGUGGAAAAAGGUGGAGGCAAUUUGAGUGGGUUUGCAAUAGAUCCUAAGAGUAUUAAAGCAGGUACAACACCUACACCAACAACACCAAUACCAACAACGACAAAGAAACCCAUCACUACUCCAUCUCGUAUCAGUGAAGAAGCUAUUAUCGCAAUCGCCGUUGUGGUCCCUAUUGUUGUCAUCUUAAUCAUUGUGCUAGUAUGGUACUUCUGCUGCAAGAAGAAGGAAAAAAGAGGGGAGGAAAAUAUUUCUCUCGAAGAAGGGAGUCCCUACCGCCCAGUGAAUGGUGAAGAGAACCUAGGAUUAUCCGAAUCUCAGACAUCCUAUGCCCAGUCUGGUCCAAAAUCUGAUCAUAAUGGCCAACCAACCAACAACAACCCAGACACAGGCGAUGGAACGGCUACAUAUGCAGCAGUGGACAUGUCUAAGAAGAAAAAGAAGAAGCAAGAAGGAGAAGUACUUUAUGCAGAUUUAGAUUCAAUGCGACCUGGCAAUAACAAGGGAACUGAACUGCAGCCGAUGUCUUCAAGUGGAAACAUUCCUGACAAGAGAGAAAGUGAUUAUGCUUCCAUCGAUUUUUUCAAAACACAAAAGCAAGGUGAAGUCAAAGAGUACGAAUGUCUUGGCACUUUUACGUUUACUGACAGAAAAUACAACAAAGCUUUAGACAAUGAAAUGACUGAUUCUUUCAAGAAGUUAAGAGAUGAAGUUAACAAAACGGUCAAGUCUGCAUAUAAAGACGAUACCAAUUUUGUGUUGGUUGAAGCAGAGCAUUUUAAGUGGGAUCCACAUGGUACUAUUGUCAUUUUCAAGCUGAUCUUGAAAGAAAAAGUAGCCGAUCCAUUCUUGCCUUUGAAAGAGGCCUUAGAAAAGAACGGAGGAGUUGUAGGCGCGAUGAAAAUCAUUCCCCAGAGUGUAAAWGAGCAUGAAGAAGAACAGAACGCUCCAGGUGAACAAAAGAAAGCACAAAAGCAAGACGAGGCUAACGCUGCAGCCAAAYCCAAUGUAGGGUUCCUUGGAGGAAAGGAAACUGAAAGCUCCAACCAAGACAACUCUUCCCCGGAGAGUCAGGGUGUUAAUGUUUAGAGCUGUCAUAAUAGUAGCAAGGUAAAGCUGUUUAACACUGACAUGUCUGCCUCAAGAGACAACACGACAAUGACAACAGUGAGCCUCUAAUCAUCUCUAAUCGACUAACAUAUCACGUGACAUACGUCAUUCAUUCACCAGGUAUCGUAGUAAUAGCAAUGAAUGGAAGCGAUAACUGAUUCAUAGAAAAUUGCACAAUGAAUUUAGAUAUACAUUUUAGAUAAAUAGGUUUUGCCUCAAAUUGUUUAUAUACAAAUAUGUAAUAUAAGCUGUCUAUUAAUUGAUGGAUAUGGACAAGUCGCCAAUAUGACAUUGUAUGUUUGUAUAGUGAUUAUAUACUGUAUAAAUAGAAAAUCAACACAUGUUAAAUUUCACCACCAUUUAAAAUUUAAAUGCAUUACAAAUGUCUCAAAGACAAAUGGCACUAAACCAAAUUCGUUAUGAAAUCACAGCAAAAUAUUCCAUUCUUGAACGAUAUGGAUUAAGUACGAUAAGUACGAUAAGAUGGCACUGAUUGUCUGAAACAAAAAAAUCAUCAAAUUGAAAGUUAAACUUUCCAAUAGAGGGAUUUUGCUGUGACGUCAUAAUGAAUUAUCACACUGACAAAGUGCCAUCAAUCAAUAUAUAUUUUUAGUUAUCAUUUAUAAAUCUUAUAAAUUUCAAUUCAAUUCUAGGAAAUGUAAAAAAAUUCAAUUUCACAUUUAUAAUGAAUUCCACUUACAAAAUGUAUAAAUGUCUCAUUUUUUAGACAAGCAAACACGUUUCUUGCGUUGGAAACAUAGUAAAUAUCUUUAAAAAACSCGUUUUAAUAAUAGAAUAUACAUAUUUACAAUUCAUCACAAUUAGGUCAAAGAUACAAGCACUUCAAACGAAGUAUCAUAAAGCGUGUUAUACAAUAUGGCCAAAUAUUUGAAUUUUAUCAAUUGUUUUUAUUCAUUAGUGUGUAAUUGUGUAGAAGUGUUCUUUUUAUCCAUACUAUAAUAUUGGCGUUAUUUUGGUUAACAUUGCACAAUAAGGACAAAUAAGUUCAAGGAAUUUUGAUAAGGAAUUUGUUCACCUUACUCGGAAGACUAAUAGAAAGCUUAUUCUUGGAAUUAUCGCUUACCAGUCUCAUAGAAGUAUCAAUAGAUAUGUCUUCUUAGUUUCUAAAUGUKUGAUUUAAAAWKUUUURUUGUAAUAAUACAAAGAUAACUGGUUUACACACAUUGACUAAAUGAWUCUGCACUUAAAAUUAUCGUAAGUUUGUUUUAAAAAUAAUCUUCCCUUAAAUCGCUAUCUUAUCGUUAAUAGCACAUUAUAGUGACUUUACCUUCGAUCACCGAUAACUAGAAUAUGUUUUAGUAAAUAGAAUUUAAAUGUAUUUUUAGACUGUUAGAACAAUGUAAACCCAGACACGUUUCUCCUACCUAUAAUAAGAUUGUGUAUUGUUAACAAUUUUGAACAAACUGUUUGAUUACUGAAYCCUUGUAAUACUCGAUCAAACCGAGUUGUUACGUUAGGAGAAAUACACCUUUCAAAUGAUUAGACAUUCGUCCUCCUUUCUUGUAAGGAGGUGUGGCGGAUCUAGGGGUAGUGCGAUGGGGUCRGCUGCACAAGCAAYAGCAAUUAUCACCUCAUAUAUAUCAAGCAAAAAAGCUGAAAAUCUGGACCCCGUUUUAGAUAAUCCUUGAUCCGCUAAUUGGACUUGACUCUCAAUUUACUUGAUAUGAUUAUACUGUAGUUCUGACAAGUUAUAAAUUGCAUGARCUCUGUUUAAGUUUGUAGUUAGAACAGAGUGUAUGACAUUGCUUUUCCUUCUGAAGUAAAGGCUUUGCGUAUGGCUCUGUGGCAAGUAUCAGUGAUGAUAAUUAUCAUCCCUAGUGCCUUAGUAAAAUUKCAUUUAUCCAUGUAUCCAAUGAUUACACUCGUAUAGCCAGCUAUCUGCACAACGAUCUGAAAUGGGUAUUAAGCUAUAACGAUUGAUGGCCAUUAGGUCAUCUACCUUUCUAUAUUUAACAUUAUUAUAGAUCCUCACUUAGGUAAGUACGCGUAUUUAUUCCUAAAGGAGCCCAUAAAAGAUCGAYAGAUGUGUAGUUCUUAUUAACUGUUCAAUAACAGUGCAUCAUUAUCAGAACACUUUGAAAAAGGAUGGAAAUGUAAAACACGAAACAUACGCUGMGAAAUGUGAUAUGUGAAGYAUUAGUUGUUGGUCAUAUUUCCAAGAUGGUUAGUGCUACCUCAUUGGAAAGUUAGGGGGAAAUUAUCGAUUAACGUCAGAGAACCUCCUCUCCGGUUGUCGUAGUUAUAAUAUAUUUAAACACGAAGAUUUAUUUUUCUUGGAAAACGCUUCCAAGAAAAGGAAUUUUACGUAGUUCAGAAGACAACAACUGUACUGGUGUUUUACGUUUCAAUCUCUUGAGUUUAUGCAUGCACACCUAUAGKUAAACAGGUCCGCUAUAACUCAUAUACUCUAUAUACAAACCUUUUUAAUAAUAGUUAUUGUUCGUUUAUAUGAUUUAUUAGAAAUUGACACCUACAAUCACAAUUUGUACACCAUAGAAUAUAUAAAAACACCCAAGACUGAUGUAUAUGGGACCUACGAGAUAGCUUCAAAGAAAAUAUAUAUUAUUCAAUUCAGAAAGUUGAUAUAAUUUCACCGAGGAGGCAGUUAAUACCUGUCCAUAGAAUUCAAAUAACUCUUUUUGAGUCCRCCCAAAGAGUUUUAAUCUACUCUGAAGUAGAGGUAACACUAUUUUAUCGAUAUUUUAAAAAGUAUUUUUUCACUCCUUUCUGAGCCAUGUUAUGGCUUUAUUUGUACUCCACAUAAUUGAGUUAUAUCAACUUUCUAACACAAUUUUGCAUAAGAUUGGCUUUGAUCGUUUAAGAAACGAUCUGUAGUUAGAAAUUCGCCUCUAGAUUGCACUUGAGAACUGAUCCAAAUACGCUUCUUUUUCCAGAUUGAUUUAUUCAUGUCAUCGAUAAGUUUUCACAAAGUAUCGCCUUAUYGAUUGAGUUUUGAAUUUUUUUUCUGCAAUUAGUAAAGUGAUCGUUUAUUUGAGAAAGAGAAGAGUAUUUUACACUUCAAUCAAGGCAUUAAUAUGUUAUGCUUAAAGCAAGAAAAAAACUAAAUAAAACAAAAAUUCACCCCCAA